AUGGUCUGUGGAUUCUUUUGUGAGGAAACUAUCUACCUAGGUUACGGAACAGUUGUCGUUCUACUCAGGUACCCACCCGUACCUGAAGUCAAGUUUAUAGCUAAAAAAGUGGGGAAGGAGAACUUUGUAUUGUAUUUUGAGAAAGUAUAUCCGGACAACGGGGUCUUGCAACUGCAAGGAAAACCAAAAAGAAAUGCCCAAUUAACUCCCGAGCAAGUUUUCCGAGUUAUCACAGCUGACGGGGCGACUUCGCGUCUUGUAAUAGCUAUCAAUGGGUCGUUUCCAGGUCCUAGGAUAGAAAGAUGGGAAAGUCAAACAUUGGAAAUAACCUUCAUAAACGCACUUCACACCGGCAGCAUUACGAUGCAUUUUCAUGGAUAACACCAGCGAGACUCGCCUUGGAUGGAUGGUGUUGCAUUUAUUACACAAUACCCGAUAUUGCCAGGACAAUCCUUUGUUCAUAGGUUCAGGGCAUAUCCACCCGGGACGGCAAUGUACCAUGCACAUAUAGGGGAUCAAAGAAGCAUGGGAUUGUUCGGACCAGCUAUAGUUCGCCCAACAAAAAAUCCCGUUAUUGAAGAUAACGAAAUAAUCAUAUCUUUACAGGACUGGAAUCAACUGAUGGACCCUGAGGUAGCAUAUCAAAGAAUGAUAACAGAGCAGUUUGAUUUCAAAACCAACGAGAAAAUAAACACGACAUAUUCAGUUGUCAUGGUCAAUUUAACCGUUUUGAGUUUCAGGCGGGCCGCAAAUGGAAAGGGUAGAUUUUGGAAUACAAGGAAUAAUAACAACGGUUCACCACUUGAACGAUUUAAAGUACGCUCUGGAACAUUGUACAGGUUUAGGAUCAUUGGAGCUAUGACCCUUUAUCCAAUGAGAGUAUAUAUUUAUGGUCAUCGGCUAACAUUACGUACAUCGGAUGCAUACAACGUCACAGAAAUACCAGUGCAGUCAAUCAUAGUACAUCCGGGCGAGCGGUACGACUUUUUAUGGCAAUCUCCGUCAGCAGGUGUAGUCACUUCUAAACAUAUACUGUUUAUUGCCGAGACAAUAGAAACUGGCCAUAGUCUCGGUUUCUCAAAAUACCACGCAGCUGAGGCGGUUUUAGAAAUUGAAGAUUUCUCGGGACCUUCGCCACCUCCAAACCCACCAAAUAGUAGAACAGAAACAUGUACAUCUUCAUCUAAAUGCACUACAUUCAACUGUCAUUAUGAAUUUUACCAACCAAAUGAUAAUAGAGUUUGCAUCACAUUUGCCGAGGUAAACAACACUGAUCCAAAUCAUAAUUAGAAAGAAGUGUUAAAUAAUAAAGUCGACGAAGAGUUUUUCUUUAACUUUGCUUUUCCCGGGCCACCAGAUAACACCCCAGGUUCGGUUAAUGGCCGAGAGUUCGUUCCGCCAACUGUUUCUAUUCUCAUGCAAGAAAACGAGUUGACUACUCUAUGUAGGGACGAUUGUAACAAAAAUGGCAUCUGUCAAUGUACAUAUAUUCAGAAAUUAAAAUCCAACAAGCUGGUCCAGUUUGUUUUACUCAACCUAGGUAGUGGAUCGGGAUGGUCACACCCUGUGCACUUGCAUGGACACUCAUUUUAUGUAAUGAAAAUGGGUUUUGGCACAUACAACCGCAAUACAGGUAAUCUAAUGUCUAAUUAUAAAGACGUAAAUUGCAGGAUAGAUUUGGCUACUGUAGUUCUGCUGCAUGUGCAAACCGUAGUUGGGCUGGUGGAAGAAUUCCAGACAUGAGCAGUAAACCACCGCAAAAAGACACAAUUGUCGUUCCAACAGGUAAAGUACCGUUGGAGAGACAUAACUGUUAUGUUAUUGUUUGUAAUUUACCAAAAUACUCCGAUUGUAAUAUAAGUUGUCACUGGAUGGACCUAACAAA